GGCAUGAUGGAGCAUGCCCUGAUCACGCUGUGCCUCGGGAUGCUGCAGAGAGGCGGGGGAAGGGGCACCUCAGGCAGCCACCCCAUUUGUCACCAAGGUAAAAGAGAUGUGCCUGCGUCGGGAGGACUUUGAGCUUCUGAAGGUCAUCGGGCGAGGGGCCUUUGGUGAGGUGGCAGUGGUGAGGCUGCGGAACAGUGAGAAGGUUUAUGCCAUGAAGAUACUGCACAAGUGGGAGAUGCUGAAGAGAGCAGAGACAGCCUGCUUCCGGGAAGAGAGGGACGUACUGGUGAAAGGGGACAGCCAGUGGAUCACUGCCCUGCACUACGCUUUCCAGGAUGAGCAGUACCUGUAUCUGGUGAUGGAUUAUUACGUGGGUGGGGACCUGCUGACCUUGCUGAGCAAGUUCGAGGACCGGCUGCCCGAGGACAUGGCCUGCUUCUACCUGGCCGAGAUGGUCCUGGCCAUUCACUCCAUCCACCAGCUGCAAUACGUGCACAGGGACAUCAAACCAGAUAAUAUCCUGAUCGACAUGAAUGGGCACAUCCGCUUGGCCGACUUUGGCUCCUGUCUUCGACUGCGACCAGAUGGGACGGUGGAGUCUGCGGUGGCAGUGGGGACCCCUGACUACAUCUCCCCUGAGAUCCUGCAGGCCAUGGAGGAUGGAAAGGGGAAGUACGGCCCCGAGUGCGACUGGUGGUCCCUGGGCGUCUGCAUGUACGAGCUGCUCUUCGGGGAGACACCCUUCUAUGCCGAGUCCCUGGUGGAGACCUAUGGCAAGAUCAUGAACCAUGAGAACCACCUGCAGUUCCCCACGGACAUCACGGACGUGUCGGAGCCAGCCAAGGACCUGAUCCGGAGGCUGCUGUGCCGCCAGGAGCUGCGACUGGGCCAGAACGGCAUUGAGGACUUCAAGCAGCACCCCUUCUUUGAGGGCAUCGACUGGGACAACAUCCGAGCCAGCACGCCCCCCUACGUGCCCGAGGUCAACAGCCCCGCAGACACCUCCAACUUUGAUGUGGACGACGACACGCUCAAGGAGUUGGAGACGCUGCCCCCUGUUUCUCACAGUGCGUUCACUGGCCACCAUCUCCCCUUUGUGGGGUUCACCUUCACCUCUGGCUGCCCAGUCUCCGAGCAGAAGCCUCCGUCCCCUUCCACAUCACCUGCCGUGGCCCAGCUGGAGAAGAAGAUCCGGAACCUGGAGCGGGAGAAGCUGGAGCUGGCCCGGAAACUUCAAGAGAACCAGUUGGAAGCUGAAGACAUGGUAAAGCAGCGGCUGGAGGGGGAGGCAUCUGGGCAGGUGAAAAUCCUGGAGAAGCAACUGAAAUUGCUCAGACAGGAGAGGAACGAGGCCCGUAAGGAACUGUCGGAGGCCCAGGAGCGGCUGAAGGCCCAGGGCCAGGAGCUGCAGGAGCUCCUGGCCAGGCAGAAGCAAACGGCCGAGGAACUGCGCUGCACUGAGGCCAAGUGCGGGGACCUGCAGGCCCAGCUACUCCGGCAUGUGCGCCAGCUGCGGGAACGUCAGGAGGAGACCGAGGCAGCUGCCCGGCGUGUGGAUGGCCUGCGCAAGGAGCUGGCCCGGGUGGAGAGUGGGCGCAAGGAGCUGGAGUCUCGGAUCAAGGGUCUCUCCAGCGAGGUGUCCAAGCAGCAGAAGCUGAAGGAGAGAAGUGAGCUGCAGGCGAGGAAGAUGAGGCAGGAGCUGGAGGGGCUGAAGGCGAAGCAUGGCACGGCCUCUCUGGACUCUGCCGGCCCCAACCACACCAAGGACCCCACACUCCUGCGAGGGGACCUGCAGCCCAAGGGGGAGCGGAGGAGCCUGCGUGAGCCACUGCAGCAGAGGGAGAGCCAGCAGGGGGUGCUGCAGGGUGAGCUUGCCCCACUGCAGGGAAAGCUGGAGAAAGCCAGGAAGGAGAGUUUAAGGGAACACAAGGAGCUGAAAGACCAGAACGAACGGGAGAGGACUUUGCUGCAGGAAGAGAACAGUAAAUUCGCCCAGGAACAGGAGAGGCUCCUAGGCCAGGUGGAGAAGCUAAAUACAACCAACAGGCAGCUGGAGCAGGAGCUGCGCUCACUGGAGGACCGAAGAGAAACAGUCACUAACUGGGAGGCCCAGAUCUCUGACAUUCUGAAGUGGGUCAGUGACGAGAAGGAGUCCAGGGGCUAUCUCCAGGCUCUGGCCACCCGGAUGACCGAGGAGCUGGAAUCCCUGAAACACAUCAGCACAAAAGCCUCAGAUGCCAGAAGCCCAGACAAUCACUGGAAGGCCAGGCGCCUGCAGAAGAUGGAGGCCUCGGCCAAGCUGGAGCUGCAGUCAGCGCUGGAAGCCGAGAUCCGGGCCAAGCAGGGUGUCCAAGAGGAGCUGACUGAGAUGAAGGCCGCACACCUGGCCACCGAGCGGAAAUUGCAAGAGGCCGAGGCGCAGAACCGGGCCCUGCAGCUGGAGCUGGAGAAGCUGAAGGAGGAGCUGAAGGUCAGGUCUGUGGAAGGCACAAAACAACAGGGGCCGCUAAUUCCCUUCCUAUCGUUCUGGAGUGCGGAGAAGGAUGCGAUCAGUUUUGGGAGCCCCCCAGACACGCAGGAGAAUCGGAGAUCAGCUGAGGAGGCCCAGCUGCGCCCAGAAGGGAGGAGAAGCCUCCGAGCCAAUCUGGCUCUGAACAAACCCCCAGCACAGGUAGCUGUUGCUGCAGAAGGAAGCAGCUCAGGUGCACUCAAGCCAAAAUCUCACAGCUUCAAGAUGCGGAGCUUCGCCGUGCCCACCAAAUGCACGCGCUGCACCGCGCUCAUGGUGGGGCUGCUGCGCCAGGGCUACGCCUGUGAGGCUUGUAACUACGUCUGCCAUGUGUCCUGCGCUGGGGGCAUGGCCAUCUGCCCCACACCCCCUGAACAGCUCCGGAAAACCAUGGGAGUCAACCCGGUUACUGGGACAGGCACAGCAUUUGAGGGGUAUCUGUCGGUGCCGAAGCCGGCGGGGGUGAAGAAGGGCUGGCAGAGGGCAUUCGCCAUGGUCAGCGACUUCAAGCUCUUCCUUUACGACGUGCCAGAAGGCCGGGGCUCCCAGUGCGGCGUCAACGUCAUGCAGGUCGUGGAUAUGAGGGACGAACAGUUCUUGGUGACGUCGGUUCUGGCCUCGGACGUCAUCCACGCCAGCAACAAGGACGUGCCCUGCAUAUUCCGGAUCACAUCCUCCCAGUUGGCCACGCCCCCCACCACCAGCUCCCUGCUGCUCCUUGCUGACAGUGAGGCCGAGAUGAAGCAGUGGGUGCAGGUGCUGGUGGAGCUGCACCGGAUCCUGCAGGAGAACCGGCACCACGACCGCUCCGUCUAUAUCCUCAAGGAAGCCUAUGACAAUGGCCUGCCGCUAAUACCACAGGCCCUCUCUGCUGCCGUCAUUGACCGGGAGCGAAUCGCACUGGGAACCGAAGAGGGGCUGUUUGUGAUUCACCUGCACACCAAUGAGGUGCUCCAGCUGGGCGACUGCCGGCGGGUCCAGCUGCUCCUUGUCUCCCCACAGGCCCAGGUGCUUUCAGUGCUGUGCGGCAAGAACCACAGCGUGCGCCUCUUCUCCUGGGUCGAGCUGGAGACGCCAGAGUCCCCGGGGACCAAGAUCGCCGAGACCAAGAACUGCCAGACCAUGGUGUCAGGGCUGAUCUGCCGGGGAACCACCUCCGUGCUGUGCGUGGCCUCCAAGCGCCAGGUGCUGUGCUACCAGCUCACCCACUCCCGGCCCCACUCCCGGCGCAUCAAGGAGAUCCAGGCCCAGGGCUACGUGCAGUGCUUGGACAUCAUGGGUGACCGGCUCUGCGUAGGCUACCCCUCGGGCUUCUCCCUCUACCCCCUGCUGAACGAGGGGGCACCCGUCCACCUGCCCCACCCCGAGGAUCCCCGUGGAGUGGCCGUGGCCCAGAUGGAAGCCCUGCGGGCCGUGGAGGUCAGCCUGAAUGAGCUGAUCCUGUGCUUCAGUGGGCUGGGGCUCUACGUGGAUGGGCAGGGCCGGAGAACGCGGCAACAGGAGCUGAUGUGGCCGGCGACCCCCCUGAGCUGCUGCUACAGCGCCCCCUACCUGAGUGUGUUCAGUGAGAACGCCCUGGAUGUGUUUGAUGUGCGGAAGGCUGAAUGGAUACAGACAGUCCCUCUGAAGAAGGUGCGGUCCCUGAACUCCGAGGGCUCCCUCUGCACCUACGGCAGCGAGAAGGUUCGCCUGACCUAUCUCAGGAACAAGUCUGCAGACCAGGAUGAAUUCAAUGUUCCCGAGACCACAGACAACACCCGGCGGCAGCUGGUGAGGACCAAGAACAAGCGGAAAUUCUCCUUCCGUAUAUCAGCAGAGGAGUGGCAGCAGCAGAGGAGGGAGAUGAUGCGAGACCCCAGUGUGAGGUCAAAACUCAUUUCCGGCCCAAUCAACUUUAACCACCUGGUGCACGUGGGGCCGGGCGAUGGGCAGCACCGGCUGCAGGACCUGCCCACGGCCCAGGAGGAGAAAAGACGGGAGUCACAGGCCAAGCUGCGUCGGCGCAGCUUCACCGAAACCCGCCACCCAUCGUCCUCGAGCAGCGACACCGCCCUGGGGGACUCUGCAUCUGCGAAGCGUAAGUCGGGCAGCUCCAUCUCUGACGACUCCUUCACCUCCCCACAGGGCCUGUUCACAGGCACUGACAUGCUGACGGAGGUAAGAGACCCCAAGCAGCCAGACCUGGCCGAGGAGGGACAGGCCUCCCUUGCCAAUACCCUCAGCGUCACCCCAUUGAGAGAUCUCGGAUCAGACCCGUAGCCUCCACCUCUCAGUCAGCUCCAGCCAGGGGAGCGCCAGUUCUUAAGGUGGCAGGACCGAUGCCACAAACCAGCCCCUCUUGCACACGAUAAUCUGUGUAUUUUAGCUGGAGACGCCACCACAAGGUGCUGUAAUGCUGCUGCUGCUGCCGCUGCCAUCAGUGGAACAUUCCCCUCGCUGAGGCUGUGCUCUGCAACUGGGGAGUUAGUCCAUCCUCUACUGAAAUACAUAAAUGUUGGUACCAAAGUAUCUCCACCUGAUCUCCCCUGUCUCUCCGCCCCCCAUGCAUCACCCAAAAAAACCUUUGCCCCAGGACAUACCACUUACUGUCUCUGAGACACCCCUGUAGAGAGGAAGCUAAGUAUUACAAGCAGUGAAGAAAGAUCCCCCUCACACAUGCAUGCUUUCACCAGGGAGAAUAGUGCCUCCUUACUUGCAUUCCAUUCUUUGCCUCUGGAUAGCGCAAUGGGAUGAUGCCCCAAGUGGUGAAAAGCCUGAAAAGAAGCAGGUGAAGGUGCACCCUAACUUACCUGGGGAGUCGGAGCUGCAUCACCUGAAGAGCACACCCUGCUGGCCACUGGGGGUACUACUGCAGUACCUGGAACCACUAGAGCAGACAGCAUCAAAGAUUGUGGUGGGGGUGUUGCUUCUCCCAGAAAUCGCCAAAUUCUAGCAGCCAUCUGAAUCAGGGACGGAUGCUGCUUUGUUUUUACUGCUGUUUAACAGAAAUGAGUCCAGCUUGGGCCAGAUUCUGAUCUCAAAUUAUCACCUGUAUCGAUCCAUUGGAGUAAAUCUGGUUUCACAGGGCUCUGACUGGAUCGUCUUGUGCCACUGUAUAUCCAAGGUUCUUUUUGAACUACUCAGGGAUUGGGUUGCUUUGCUGAAUGGUCACGACAUUGUUUAAUCCUGGUUGUGUUUCCUUAAACUUUUCCAUCGUUCUGCAAGAACCAAGAGAUGCUGAAACCAAAGAUUAUCUAUUUCCAUUCAAAGGGGAGAGAAUCCUUCCAGGAAUUCAAAUUCUAGGGGACACUUAUUUAAAGGUACAGGGUGGGUCAAAGACCAGAUUUAUUUAGGAAGCAAAUGUGUAAAUAAUUGGACAACUGCACCAUUAAAUGCUGUGCAAAGAUUUGCAGUCUGCUCUGUUCUAUACAGCAAGGGAGGAUGUGCUGAAAGAGGGACAGAGGUAACUGAGCCUCUGGGGGGUGGGGUGAUAAUAAGGCACAGGUUUUUAAUAGCGCGGGUGAUUAAGGUUUGGAACAGUUGUCCAAGAAUGGUGGACUGAUUUGUCCAUUGUUGGCAGUUUUUACAGCAAAUAGGAAUUAAUUCUGGGACCAUUAGACAGGAGGCCAGAAGAGAUGACAUUAGUGGGCUCUUCUAGUUUUCAAUGCUGAUAUGAUGAUGGCAUUAAAACUUGCUCAUGGGGUGGGGGGACGAUCAGUGUGGAGCGCUCAGCUGCCUCCUCUGCGCAAGGGCUAGUUUGAGGCCAGGCCCUGGGGAGACAUCUCCCAUAGUGGCACUUCCGACCCACAGCCGAGAAAGCUGGCCAGCACAUGCACCCUAGGAACAAGCUGGCGGAAGCUGAGCAAACACCCUUUAACCAUAGCGAGCGUCUCCUAUUGGUCAUGGCUGUAGCCAAUGGGGAGGCAGGAGCUGGGUACCAA